AUGGAACCAAAUGGCAAUACCGACAAACCGAUCACAGACGACUCCACUCGUGUGUCCAAUGUAUUCGAACUACAUACCAUUAAUGACAAAAAAGAUCACAAUGAGAGCGAAUCAAUGCACACAAAACACCACUACUGGAAAGCAUUCUUAGGAAUUACAAUGGGAUUACUGUCAGGUGCAAGUCUAGCUAUCUCAGAUGUGUUUGCUCUGUUAUGUGUCAAGAUUGGUUAUUCACCAUCACAGGUUUUACUUGUCAAAUCACUGAUGAUGAUGGCAAUAACUAUCCCGUUGCUCGUCUACAGGAAAAUUAAUAUUCUGAAACUCAAACGGAAAGACACUAUUUUGAACAUUGUGAAAAGCUGUUCUGAAAAUGCAGGAGACGUUCUUUUCUAUUAUUCUAUGGAUGGGAUUGGAAUGGGAGAUGCAACCUCUAUAGCCGCAGGAACAUUACCAAUAUUUGCACCUAUGUUUGCCUGUGUAUUCAUACAAGAGAAGUGUAAACCCCGUGACUGUAUUGGUAUUGCCAUAAAUGUUGCUGGUAUCAUAUUAAUAUCACGACCUGAAUUCAUAUUUGGUACAGCUGCCGCCUCAUCGGAUCUUGGUUAUAUGUAUGCUGUAGCAGCAGGUCUUCUUGUAUCCACUGGUGCUGUGUGUGCUAAAGCAAUGUCUGAUGAUCUUUCUCUAAUAGUUGUAGUUUUCUAUAAUGGGUUAUUUGGUUUUGUAAUUAUGUUGAUAUUUGUGUACCCUACAAGUAGUGAUCGGAUAUAUACAUUUAUACUUGAAUAUCCUAUCACGACUGCAUAUCUUGUAGGAAUGGUAGCAUUGUUCCUUGCUUAUCUGUAUUCGUUUAACAGAUCGCUACAAUUACAGAGUGUGGGUAAAACAUCAAUUUUAACGAACGACUGUCUUGUAGUCAGCUUUAUUGCGGAUGUUGUUGUGUUUCACCAGGAACUGGUUAGCUUGGAAUUAAUUGGUGCUGCACUAAUAAUUCUAAGUUCCAUUCUUGUCUUUGUGUUUACGUGGCUUGAAACAAGACAUACCCUUGAAGAAGAAGCUAAACUUCUUCAGAAUCCAAAAUAA